AUGUCACACUCCAACCUCUACACGCACACCUUCACUUGGCCCCCAACGCCUUCCCAAUCGGUGAUCGUCACCGGUACCUUUGACAACUGGUCCGGCACUCGACACCACCUCCAGAAAGACGAAGAAUCCUCGGGAGGGUUUUGGAAGGGGAGCGUGGAGAUCCCUUUUGGGGAGAGGAUCGCUUACAAGUAUGUGGUCGAUGGGCACUGGUUGAUCAGGGAGGAUGAGGCUAAGGAGUGGGACGCCGCGGGGAACAUGAACAACAUCUUUACCGCCCCUGCUCAAAAGGAC